UGGUUUUACGGGGAGAGCGAGAGGCUGACAGCCAUAGGAGGACGCAUGCGCGGUGAUAGCGGUUCGUCGGCAAAGUGGCCGCGUGCGCAGUGACGCAACUCCAGUGGAGACGGCAACAUGGCGGAGCCAGAGCCCAAGAGGAAGAUCCCCCUGGUGCCGGAGAACUUGCUGAAGAAGAGGAAGGCCUACCAGGCCCUCAAGGCCACCCAGGCAAAGCAGGCGCUGUUGGACAAGAGGAAGCACCAGAAAGGGAAGCAGAUACAGUUCAAACGUAUUGAAACAUUCGUUCGGGAUUCACGUCGCAAACACAGAGAUGAGGUCAGGUUGAAGCGCAUGGAAAAGAAGCCUGGACAAAUGGUUUUACCUCAGGGACACAAGCUGGCCUUCGUUGUUAGGAUUGCAGAGAUUAAAGGGGUGAGUCUAAGGGUGCGGAGGGUGAUAGAGAUGCUGCGGUUGAGGAAGAUUUUCAGUGGCACAUUCAUUAAACUGACUCCUGGCUCGCUGAAGAUGCUGCGCACUGUGGAGCCUUAUGUAGCAUGGGGAUAUCCCAAUCUGAAAUCUAUACGCGAGCUCAUCCUGAAACGGGGUCAAGCAAAGAUCAACAAGAAGAGGGUCCCUCUGACAGACAACACUCUGAUAGAGGAGCAUCUAGGAAAGUAUGAUGUCAUUUGCCUGGAAGAUCUCAUUCAUGAAAUUUAUUCAGCUGGGCAGCAUUUCCGAGAAAUCACUAACUUCUUAUGGCCAUUUCAUCUCUCUGUUGCUCGCCAUGCUGCACGUAACAAAGUGGGGUUCCUUAAGGAGAUAGGUGAAACUGGGUUCCGCGCCGAGGGAAUUAACAAGCUCAUACGUCAGCUGAACUAGAGUCAGGAUCCAUAUGAGGAUUUUAGGUUGUUUUUCCUUCUCCAUGCCUGUACAUUUGUUCUCACAGACUAUUGAAACUGAGCAACAUGAUGUUACAUCUCCUGUCUGCUAAUGUCUGCCUUCAAGAAAAAUCAUGGAUGAGGGAGAUGGAUUUAGUACUCUUCCUACUCCGGAAAGAAGUCAAAUUGCUUUCAAACGUGAGCAAGAAGUGACUUGAACUUGUGGGGAGCCGGGCUUCCCUGUAGAGCUGAUGAAAUAGACAUCACUAAAAAUCAUUUUUAGUAUUGUUGGUUUUACAUCAUCUUCCUUCUGAAGCAUCUGUCCUUUGGAAUGAACUUGCAUCUGCAGACAAGGUGUUGGAAGGUGUGGGUUCCUUCUCCUUUAUUUAAUCUUCCAUUGUAGCUGACUUGUGCCUGAGGAUCUUGUGAUUCAACCUCCCAAACAGAAUCACUUUUUCUCUACUGAUACUGCACUUCCCUCUAGCUACAAAUUUCCCUCAGUGUAACAGUCACUUGGUAAGAUGUUUAUCCUUCCUGAUGCACACACAAGGUUAACAAGUGUAUUGUAAAUGCAUCCUUUAGUUGUUGUUGCUGGAUAAGCUGCUAGCAGCAAACUAAUGGAUGUUCUAGAAUCUCUGAAAUAUCCAGAGCAUGUUUCAACCAUUGCAAAAGUGGUAAUUUUUUUGCUGCUGGAUCACAGGUUGCCUUUCUGAUUCUCCUAAAGCAGACUUUAUAUAGGAAUUAUCCAUUUCCCUGAAAGGAAAACCUAUUUGACCUUUACCUUUUCAAUUAAAGCUGUGAGGAAGUCCUUUCUUACUCAGUGAUUUUCAAAUGAAUUGUUAAUUAACUCUGCUAUAGAUUAAGGUUUGUGUAUGUGUAAUAAACUAAUCAGGAGAGAAGA